CUCUCAGCGCGACGCUCCUCAGCGGCAAGAUGGCGGCGGCGCAGCAGGAAGCGCGUGAGGGAGCCGCGCAGUUGGCGAGGCCGGCGUUGGAGACUGACCCCCUCAGCCGCUUUACGUGUCCCGUGUGCCUGGAAGUGUUCGAGAAGCCGGUGCAGGUGCCCUGCGGACACAUCUUUUGCUCUGCAUGCCUGCAGGAAUGUCUGAAGCCGAAGAAACCUGUCUGUGGGGUGUGUCGCAGCGCUCUGGCACCUGGCGUCCGAGCUAUGGAGCUCGAGCGGCAGAUCGAGAGCACAGAGACUUCUUGCCAUGGCUGCCGUAAGAAUUUCAUCCUGUCUAAGAUCCGGGCCCACGUGGCUUCAUGUUCCAAGUACCAGAAUUACAUCAUGGAAGGUGUAAAGGCCACCACCAAGGAUGUGUCCCUUCAGCCAAGAAGUGUCCCAAACCGGUACACCUUUCCUUGUCCUUACUGUCCUGAGAAGAACUUUGAUCAGGAAGGACUUGUGGAGCAUUGCAAACUGACUCACAGCACGGAUACCAAGUCUGUGGUUUGUCCCAUAUGUGCCUCGAUGCCCUGGGGAGACCCGAGCUACCGCAGCGCCAACUUCAUGGAGCAUAUCCAGCGCCGCCACCGCUUUUCCUAUGACACAUUUGUGGAUUAUGAUGUUGACGAAGAUGACAUGAUGAACCAGGUGUUGCAACGCUCCAUUAUCGACCAGUGAACAGGGUCCUCAGUGUGGCCUCAUUCUCGAGCUUCCAUUACGCAUUAGGUGUGAGCCCUGACUCCUGCUCCUCACAUGUAAUGCAGAUCUGGAAGUGAGCCGUGGCACCGGACAGGCUCACUCCUCCCAGGGUGAUGGGGCCCUAGGGCAGAGCCCUGUU